UUUUCAUGCGCACACACAUUGGCUACACGAGGGUUUAAAAACAGCAGCGCUGAAUCAAGUCGCAUCAACCUGUUGCUUCAGCAUCUCCGCAUCACUUCAGCACGCACGAGACGGAGCAGGUGCGCGCAGCAGGUGCACAAAUUAUCAGAUUACACAAAGAACGAGGGAAAAGAAGCUGACAACAUGUGGACUGUGUGUGUUUGGUUAUCUAUGGUCCUUUGCACAGGUGUAGGAGAGACACUUAACGACUCCUCACUUCUGGCACAAGGGAUGUUUUCUUACGCGGAGCGUUUGAUGAACGUUUCGGGACAGUUGGGCAACCGGACUUCGGGCAUCUUCUUCCUGGACUUUGACGAGGGGAUGCUGGAGGACUGGCGCUCUCUGGCUUCUAAGAAGCGCCGUGGAGUGGAGUGGCAGGACGGGAGCGUGAAGGCGCUGCUGGUGGCCGCGUACUCUUUGAUCAUCGUGAUCUCCCUGUUCGGGAACACCCUGGUGUGCCAUGUGGUGGUGAAAAACAAGCGCACCCAGUCCGCCACCAGUUUGUUUAUCAUGAACCUCGCUGUGGCCGAUAUCUUCAUCACCGUCCUCAAUACACCCUUCACUCUGGUCCGCUUCGUGAACAGCACUUGGGUAUUUGGGAAGACGAUGUGUCAUAUCAGCCGCUUUGUACAGUACUGCUCCCUGCACGUCUCCACGCUCACACUGACUGCUAUAGCACUGGACCGACGACAGGUGAUUUUACAUCCUUUGAGACCUCGAAUGUCCCUGGUUCAUGGUGGUGUUUGGGUCGCUGUUAUCUGGAUAAUGGCAAGCUGCUUCUCCCUCCCACAUGCAAUCUACCAAAAGCUCCUGACUUUUACAUACAGUAAGGAGAAGGAGCGCAGCAUGUGUGUCCCAGACUUUCCAGAGCCAUCGGAUGUCUACUGGCAGUAUAUUGACCUUCUGACCUUCAUAUUGCUUUACAUGCUGCCUCUCCUCAUCAUCACUGCCUCCUACACCACAGUCGCUCGCCGGCUGUGGCGCCACAAUGCCAUCGGUGAUGCAACAACAGCUCAGCACGCCACCCAGAGAAGAAAACGCCGGCGGACUUUGACCAUGCUGCUGCUGGUGGUUGGGGUGUUCGCUGUCUGUUGGUUCCCCCUUAACUGCUACGUAGUGCUGCUCUCGAGCCAGGCCAUCCAGUCCUCCAACGCCCUUUACUUCUGCUUUCACUGGCUGGCUAUGAGCUCCACCUGCUACAACCCUUUCAUCUACUGCUGUCUGAAUCCUACUUUCCGCCAGGAGCUCCGGCUCCUCCUCGACAUGUGCAGGAGGAGAAGGAGGGCGGUGGUUGGGUUGGAACCCGAGCUUCAUCCAGCAGCAAACUGUGCUGCUCCUCACAGGAUUGCCUGGCCUGACCACCACGAGUCCUUGAGGCCAAACCAUGCUUUGUCUCACCCAGAGCAGGCUUCAUCGCAGGAAAGCCAUGCCUCUUUAAGUCAGUCCCACAAUCUGAAAGACACACAUGUGCUUUUUGCUGCCAGGCAGGCCAACACAGGAAGAACUGACAUCCUCUCAGUGGAGCCCAUUGUGACUGUGAGCUGACUGGACUACAGCUGCCACUAUGUGAGGAAUGGCAUCAUUAUUUGAGAAUAAUCCGAUUUUAGGAUUUCAUUAUGCCAAGAGAAAAAGCACUUCAGCCCCAUCACAUUUAAGUUGGUACUGGUAGCCUUGGAACUCUUGAUCAUUUGAAGGAGGACCGCACACAGGCAGACUUAUUUUUCUUUACUUCAGUGGCAUCAUCUAAAAAUAAAGGCAGAAUGUUUUGGUCUGCACCUUCAUCAAGGUUUUUGUAUGGUAUUUUCAAAUACUACAGAAGGUAGUUGCAUCCCUCAAUAAUUAGAUUGUCCUUUGAGUCAUUUGCUUUUCUCCUCAUGGUAUCAUGCUGUGGUAAAAACUAAACAAACACCACAAAAAAAAAAGAACAAAUGAUGUAUUGUUUCCAAAGGAACAAUACGUGUUUGGAUUGAAGAAAAAGAAAGUGCAUCCUAUUCAGUUCUAAAGCUUUAACCUGUGAGAAAACAUUCAAAAAAAAAUCCAGUCAUUCAUUCUGGCCAUGUGGUGAUAAUGUAUGCACUUUGCAUGUCGUAUGUAACUUGUAUGUGAUAAUGGGUCCCAUUCAAGGAGGAGUAGCUCUAUCACUAAAGAGAUUACUGAAUGUGAGAAAACUGACACUUCCUCUGUGCUGUUAGUUUCAGGUUUCUGUUCAGAAUUAGAUAUGAACUUUCCAUUGACAGCAUACUAUAUGUUCCACCCCAUCUCCACUGCUAGAAAUGCCAAAAGAUAUGAGCAUGUAGCUGAGGAUUCCAAGAGAAAGCAGACAUGUCCUAAGUGUGCAGAAAACAAGGAUGCUAACCAGGCAAGGAGCAAAUUUGUAAUACACUAAUAAACCACCUUAGUGAAGUAUCUAAAGAUAUCUUAUUAGAAUUGUAUAAUAAAGUGUGGGGAAAAGGAAAGUCGCCAGAAUACUGGAGAAAAGUACAAUAGUACCAAUAAAAAAACCAGGGAAUGAUUACAGCAACCCAGAGAAUUGUUGAACUAUUGCUUUGACAUGUAAUGGAGAAAAUGAUCAAUGAUAGGUUUAUUUCUUACAUGGAAAAUGUAUAUGAGUGUGUUUACACUAGAGCUGAUUCAGUGGAAAAGGGGACAAAAAAUGUGUUGA